UUGUAAUGUUUAUUUUCAAAUUUAAAUUUGUUAAAAUUUUUUAGAUAUGAUUGUCUCUUUCUGUGAUCGUCUUGGCUGGGUCCAUUUAAAAACACUUUUGGAUGAUUUUGCUGAACGUUUACAAUUUGGAAUAAGAAGAGAUUUAACUGAACUUGUUCGAAUACAAGGAAUUGAUGCAAUUCGUGCUAGAGCUUUUCAUAGAAUGGGAAUAGAAUCUCUAGUUUCACUUGCUAAUUGUCCUUUAAUUCGUGUUUGUACUGUAUUGAGAAAAGCUGUUCCGUUCAAAAUAAAUUCUCACACUGAAGGUUUAAAUUUAGAAGAUGGGGAGGAAGAGAAGAAUACAUGGCUCCAUGAUGAACCUCCUACUUUUGAACGUGUAGCAGCAAAAACACUAAUUGAACGUGCAAAAAUUGCCAUUAAGGAAAAGAUCAAAGCUUUCAAAAUUGUCAAUUUCCCUACUUGUAUUUCUAAAAGCAAUGUCAAUUUAUCUCUUCGAUUUGAUACGUCAGUAUUGAGUGUUUUGGACAAUGAUGAUGGAGAAGAUAAAUUGGCAGAGUCUACAGCUGUUGCUGAUCUUUCUAAAAGCAUUUUGGAAGAAGCUUGGCUUUCUGAAGAUGAAAGUAAUAAUAACUCUUCAAAUGCUUUACUUGGCGGUGUUUCUUUGUUGGCAACUACAGAUGAGGAAAGUGCUGUUGAUUCGCUUUGUGAUUCUUUCUCUCCGUUGCGUUUAGAGAAGGCAAUGAUUUCUAAUGAACGUCAAAAUAACAAUACUAAAGAAAAGAAGAUUCCUCCAAUAUUUAACAUUGAAGAUUUUAAAGAAAAUAUUCCCCCAGAAUUUUUAGAAAAUGGAAAAAAGAAAACUUUGGAAAAGGAAAAUAACAAAGAUUUGACUCGUACUGCAAUGAAAAAUAGUUGGGCAUCGAAGGAAGUUCCAAAUGUCACAACAAUGCCUUCUUCCCCCUUUCACUCUCCUCGGGCAAAGAAAUUUGCAACAACAAAAGAAAUAAAUUGUGAAUUAAAGAAUAUUAAUUCUAAUAAUAAAAAUUGUAAUAAAAUUAAAACAAAAAUUGAAAAAACAAAAAUGGCUGUAAUAAAUCCAAUUUGCAGUUGUACAACAAUUAAACAAAUAUUGGCAAUAUUUACGGAAUGUUGGUUAUUAAUUUUGGAUGGUAAUGUCUUAUUAGCUUAUGAUGAUGAUUUCGAUCAAACACUAGUAUUUCAUUCUUUCCCACUUUCUACACUUCCAGAGAAUUUUUGCAAAAUUUGUAAAAAUUCUUCAACUCUUCUUUUUUCAAUUUUGGAGCAUCCACGUAUUCGUAAAUGGGUUUUUUGUGGAUUAGAAUUUUUGAGAAAAUUGAGGGUAUUUUUGCCUGAAUGUAACGAAAAUAAUCAACAAAAAUUAAUUGAGACUAAAAAUUUGUGGUGUUUACAAACAUUGGAUGUUUUAACAAAUGGAAAUGGCCCUUCUGAAUUACUAGAAUCAAAUUCAAACAUUAAAUUAUUAACAUCUACAAAGCUCUUAAAUAUUCUUGAAAGGUAA